AUGGCGGACAAGGAGGAAACCGAGAAGACCAUCGCCGAGGACUUGGUUGUCACCAAGUAUAAAAUGGCCGGCGAGAUUGUAAACCGGGUAUUAAAGCAAGUUUUAGACAAAUGCAUCAUUGGGGCAUCUGUGAGAGAAAUUUGCGAGUUUGGCGACGAACUGCUUACAGAGGAAACUAGCAAAGUUUUUAAAAAAGAAAAGGAACUUAAGAAGGGGAUUGCUUUUCCAACAUGCAUAUCAGUCAAUAAUUGUAUUUGCCAUUUCUCUCCCAUUGCUAGUGAGCCUGAUCUCAUUCUGAAAGACGAAGAUAUGGUUAAGGUCGAUCUAGGAGCACAUGUCGACGGUUUCAUAGCUGUAGUGGCGCACACUUUUGUCAUAGGUUCUUCAGCAGAGAAGAAGGUUAUAGGCAGAAAAGCAGAUGUGGUUUUAGCUGCACACUUUGCUUCUCAAGCUGCGUUAAGGCUUUUGAAGCCAGGUACAGAGACUUAUACGAUAACGGGCACCGUCGAGAAAAUAUGCGAUGCCUACAAGUGUAAGCCGAUCGAGGGGAUGUUGAGUCAUCAGUUGAAACAAUUCAAAAUCGACGGAGAGAAAACGAUAAUUCAAAAUCCGAACGACGCACAAAAGAAGGAGCAUGAAAAAUACACGCUCGAAACUCACGAGGUAUACGCAAUGGAUGUGCUCGUCAGCACGGGCGAAGGGGUGGGAAGAGAACAGGAUACGCGAGUCACGAUAUACAAGAAGACGGAGGAGACAUAUCAGCUGAAAUUGAAGGCAUCUCGUAUGUUUUACUCGGAAGUCUCUCACAAGCACGGCCUCAUGCCGUUCAACUUGCGCACCUUUGAGGAUGAAAAGAAAGCGAAGAUGGCCGUUGUCGAGUGUGUAAAUCAUAGGUUGAUCGAGCCGUUCCAAGUGCUGUACGAGAAACCAAAUGAAUAUGCUGCGCAAUUUAAAUUCACGGUACUCCUAAUGCCGAACGGACCUCACAAAAUCACGGGAAUACCAUUUGACCUUGACGUGUAUCAAUCGGACUGCGUUGUGGACGACCCCGAAUUGAAGAAUCUACUGUACUCUUCGGCAAACCCGAAGUCGGCGAAGAAGAAGAAAAAGAAGGCCGAGAAAGCCGUAGGCGACGUUGCUAUGGAAGUCGAUGCCAAGGCCUAACACUGUCAUUUUAACACGUACCAUGACUCACUGACAUCGUGCACUACUUCGAUACUUUUUAUUUAGCAAUUCAGGAGCGAGGACUGGACACUUUCCUACGACCCGAAAUUGUGUAUUUAGAUUCUUCUAUCAAUGUGUAGAUGCACCUUCUUUUCGACAUUGCGCUCAUAAAUUGCACGUUAUGCAGCAUCGUUAUACGUUGCUUCGUAUCAUUGAAAAUGUUACAAAAUAUUACCAAAUUGUCUGAUACGCAUUUCUCCAUCGUACUUCAUCCCCACUCGAAGGAAGUGUCGAGUUUCGUCGCUCCGCGAGAAUAAAUUUUAUCACACAUCACGCCACGAUUUAUCAACACUAAGUUUUUAUACCAGAAUAUCUUUUAAUGGACCAUGGUAUUAUUACUGUAUACGAAUUGAUGAUUAUUCGUAUGACUAUUACUUGCAAUUAUUGUAUUCCAUUUCAAGUUUUGAACUAACGUCUCUCGUACGUAAUAAUCUUGUGUGACCUGUGGAACAUAUAGAUCGGCCCAGUCGUAAAAGUGAAUCGUAUAAGAAAUUCUACCGCAGCCGUCAAAUCUGCAUACUUUCUUCUUGUACUCCAACGGAAAAUUGUGAUUUGUAACCUAGAUUAGAAUCGCGUAUUACAAUUCCUCGGUGUUUGAGUAAAAUACGAUUCACUUUUUACUGUUCAUUGCGCUAAUUCUGCACUAGGCGAUUUUGUAUCCUGCGUCGAAUUAUGUGAGAGCUAUGCGCUAUAAUAACGUCUAACUUCAAAUUGUACAAUUGGAGAAAAAUAUGUCCACUUUGGGACGCUGCAUAAACGAUGAAAUGACAAUGAUCCUCCGAGUAUUUCGUUGUAAAAAUUCCCCCCGACCGACAAAAAAAAUUCAGUACGAUAUACAAGUCACCAUUCUACUCCUCGCAUUGCACUACGUUAUAAAAUUAUAUGCGCGGAGUACAAAUCGUUAGCAGCUGAGAAUGCAUUUCUAAUGUCGAACGAGUCUUCUGAGUGAAACAUGAGAGAUAGAUCUUGGCGAGAGAGAACGCACUCUUGGGGAAUAAUAUUAACUUGCCGACUUGCUGCAAGCCGUAAAAUUAUAAAAAUUAAUAUACUGUGUAAUAAUAGUUUUAUAUAAGACGGAUAGAUGAUGUAUCUGUUAUAGAUAUUUUUUCUACUCGAGUUGUGCAUACGUCGAAUGUUACAGAGUGUGCAUGUAUAACAGAGGACAUUGUGCACUGUCCAUCAUUUGCUUAAAUAUCUUUUCGCAAAAUCAUGUUUGGGUAGUAUUUGGAGAAACUUUACAGUCAUUUUUCAAAAAAGUUUUCAGAUUUAACGCAAUAUUAAUAAAUUAACGAUUUCUAAAAUAAUUACUCAAAAAAGUUCAUGAUAAUAAAGGUAUGGAAUCUUGCAAACGACGGCCGUGCACAUACACACACAUACACAGACACACACAGUUCAUAUGCAGCAUAAAAUUUAAUACAGUGAUGUGAGAAAAGUAAGAAAUUGUUAUGAGAAUGCUUGAUGACAAGCUGACAAGUAUAAAUUUUGACACAUG